AUCGCGGUCCCACAGAGACGCGGCUUCAGUUACAUGGUCUCUGGCGUACGUCGAGCGAGCGCGGCCAGCUCCUGUCAAGGUGUAGGAUUGCAGCUGUAAACUGUUCCUGUUCCUCCUCUGCCUGCCGCAUUUGGUUCUCCCCUUCCUCUUAGCUGACAAGAACAGCCAUGGCUCGUGGUCCUAAGAAGCAUCUGAAGCGGGUAGCAGCUCCCAAGCAUUGGAUGCUGGAUAAAUUGACUGGUGUGUUUGCUCCUCGUCCAUCUACUGGCCCCCACAAGCUGAGAGAAUGUCUGCCUCUCAUCAUUUUCCUAAGGAACAGACUUAAGUAUGCUCUGACAGGAGAUGAAGUAAAGAAGAUCUGCAUGCAGCGCUUCAUUAAGAUUGAUGGCAAAGUCAGAACUGAUGUAACCUACCCUGCUGGGUUUAUGGAUGUCAUCAGCAUUGACAAGACAGGAGAGAAUUUCCGUCUGAUCUAUGACACCAAGGGUCGCUUUGCUAUUCAUCGUAUUACACCUCAGGAGGCCAAGUACAAGUUGUGCAAAGUGAGAAAGAUUUUGGUGGGCACAAAAGGAAUCCCUCAUCUGGUGACCCAUGAUGCUCGUACCAUUCGCUACCCUGAUCCCCUCAUCAAGGUGAAUGACACCAUUCAGAUUGAUUUGGAGACUGGCAAGAUAACUGAUUUCAUCAAGUUUGACACUGGUAACCUGUGUAUGGUGACUGGUGGUGCUAACUUGGGAAGAAUUGGUAUGAUCACCAACAGGGAGAGACACCCUGGCUCUUUUGAUGUGGUUCAUGUGAAAGAUGCUAAUGGCAAUAGCUUUGCCACUCGGCUCUCCAACAUUUUUGUUAUUGGCAAAGGCAACAAACCUUGGAUUUCUCUUCCUCGAGGAAAAGGAAUCCGCCUCACCAUUGCUGAAGAGAGAGACAAGAGGCUGGCAGCUAAACAGAGCAGUGGGUGAGCGCCUGCCUAACAAGCACAAGGCCCUGAGUUCAAACCCCACAACCCCCAAAAAACAGAGUAGUGGACAAAAUAGUCUCUAGGUGACAUGUUGGAGAAGAGAAUCUUUGUACUUUAAGACAA